AUGGCCUCCCCGCUCCGACACCUCACGCUGCGCCACCUCCCGCGCACCCCCGCCUCCCUCCUCACAACCCCGCAGCGCCGCGCCGCCCGCGCCGUCGACAUCCGCCACAUCACCACCCGCCCCUCCCCCGCCAUCCUCGAAAAGUACCGCGCAAAGCUCGAUGCAAAGCUCAAAGCCGAGGGCGUCUCGUCCUUCGACGAGCUCAAGGCCGCCUACAAGGACAAGAUCGCGCAGCUACGCAAAGAGGCCGCCGUAGAGCUCCCGCGCUCGCCCGCCGUCGAAGCGGGCCUCGUGCAGCCGCCGCCACCGGUGCCAACCCCCGUCGCGGAGGCCGCAAGAAGAGUCAGUGGUGGCAGCGCAGUGCCGGGCGUAAAGUCGCUGAGCAGCUAUGUGGAUGUGGAGAAGCUCCGCGAGCUGCCGGGCCCGAAGGAGAUUGAGUUUAUCUGGAGGGCGCGCUUCGUCGGUGAUGGGAACAGCCUGUGCGCGGCGAUUCCGCAGGAGAAGUAUGCAAAGAUGGAGGCGGACGCGAAGAAGCACCCUAUGUUCAUCCUCCCCCUCCCGCGCGAAGGCCAAGGCAUCGAAAUGCAGUUCCUGCAAUGGUCCUUCCCCUCGUCCACCUCCUCGACCAUGAUCUUCACCUCGCUCGAGCAGUACCGGCUACACGGCGAGUUCGCCGUCCCGCACACGACACUGACGCACCAUCUCGAGCUCGCGCAGGAGAAGGGCGUCGUGCUCGCGCAGGGCAGCGUCAACCGCGAUGCCGGCGUCAGCGCGGACGAGGCCCGGCUGCUGCUCAUCUCGCUGCAGAAGUUCUACGGCGCCGGCGAGGACGAGGUGGGCGUGAGGAGGAGGAGGCUGCUGGAGAUGUUUAGUAGGGGCGAUCGGGACUUUAAGAUUACGGAUCUGGUGGAGGAGGUGGAGAGGAUUGACUAG